GUCUGGCCCAUCGGACACGCGGCGCACUUUCCCUGCGUCACACUCGCUGCGUCACACUCUCCGUUUCCGCAUCUUCCCUUUCGGCGUGGAUUUCAACGGCUUCCUUCGCUAUAACUUAGAGGCUAUAGAGGCUUUUGUACAGAUAUACCCACUCUCCAUACCAUAGUCCACUUCAGCCUGCUCACGCCCGAACUUGAAGUAUCAUGUCCAAACGAAAGUCAGACGCCGGCCUAGGCUCCUCCGCCGCGAAGAAGAAAGCCAAAACACUCCUCCAACAACCCACCAUCUCCAGCUUCUUUCGGCCCAAACCAGACACUGUUGCUCCCACGCCAGCCGUCACUACAACCACCUCGACGCCAACAAUACCGACGCCGACCAAGAGUCUGCAUUUCUCCGCCAGCUUGCAGAAUGAUGACGUUCAUGAGAAUGACGAGAACCGGGGAGUGAAGCGGCGGAGGUCGGCUACGCCGGAGCCAGAGGAUAGUAGGAAUUCUGUUGCAGCCAUUAGCGAAGAUAUGGAGUCGCCAUUGCCAAAACAAAGAAAGGGCCGUUUGACGAGGCGGUUUAUAUAUUCUGAUGACGAGGACGACGAGGACUUUGCCGACGCGGCCGCGGAAGAUGUACAGCCGACCGCUGUAGCACCGACGCAGACACCAGAAUCACGCAGCGAUGGUGGGCAAGUGGCAGCCACCUCGUCUGCGACGAAUGGAGGCGUGCACCGGCUGCGGAGGGAGAAUUACCGAUUUGACAAGCGGGUGCUGCAUACCAAUGGGACUGCCCCUGCUUCUGGCCUAGCAUCUGCAGACGGACAUGAAACGUCCGCACCACCACCAUCAUCCAAUCCCGAGCGCGAACGGGUCCGCAGCAGAUUCCUGGAAAAGUUUACAGUAGAUGAGCGGGCACUGUCGGAAUCAGAACCGGCACUUGGCACCCCGGACGAAGGCGACGACGACGCCGAAUCCCCACAACCAUCAUCAGCCAUCACGGAGCGGUUCAAACCGCUAGGUAAGGCCACAAAAAAAGGCGCAACAGCAAAAAGUAAAGCAGCCACCGCCACAAAGUACACACCCCUAGAGCAGCAAUUCCUCGACAUCAAGCGCGCCAACCCCGACUGCCUCCUCGUCGUCGAAGUUGGCUACAAGUUCCGUUUCUUCGGCGACGACGCCAAGAUCGCCGCAAAAGAGCUCAACAUCGUCGCAUACAAGGACCACAGCAUGUUCACCGCCGGGAUCCCCACCCAUCGGUUACACGUGCAUGUCCAGAAGUUGGUGCAGCUGGGAUACAAAGUCGGGAUCGUCCGGCAGAUGGAGACUGCGGCCCUGAAAGCCGCGGGAGACAACAAGAACGCGCCGUUCGUGCGCCAGCUGACGAACGUGUACACAAAGGGCACCUUUGUCGACGACCUAGACAUCGACGCCGACGCAUCGGCCGGGUUCGACUCCCGCGCCUCCAGCUACCUGAUGUGUGUCGUAGAAGACGUGCCCACGACCCAAUCCGGCGCGGUCCAUUUCGGACUCGUCGCCAUCCAGCUGCAGACGGGCGACAUCGUGUUCGACGAGUUUGAGGAUAACCAUAUGCGCAACGAGCUCGAGACCCGCAUGCUGCAUAUCCGCCCGACCGAAAUCAUCCUCCCGGAGACACUUAGCAGCGUCACCGAGAAGCUGGUGCGGUACCUCUGCGGGUCCGGCGACGACGGCGUGCGCGUGGAGCGGAUCAAGGGCGGCGGGAUGGUUGAGCAUAUCGAGGCGCGGCGGGCGUUGGCUGCGUUCUACGAUAAGAAAAUCUCCCAGGACGGCGGAAAGGAACAUGAACCCGCAUCGGGAGCGCAACAGUACAGCCAAGCCCUCUCCCUCCCCAAACGGGUCAUCAUCGCCCUCGCCCAUCUCCUAACCUACCUCACCCAAUUCAACCUGCAGUCGGCCCUGUACCUCACCACGAAUUUCACGCCGUUCAGUAACGUCGCGCAUAUGGUCCUGAAUGCGAAUACGUUGCGGUCACUGGAGGUGUUUGAGAAUGGGGACGAUGGAGGGCGCAGGGGGAGUCUGUGGUGGGUGUUGGAUCAGACGAGGACGAGGUUUGGGGCGAGGUUGAUGAGGAGGUGGGUGGGGAUGCCGUUGGUUGAUGUUGGGGAGUUGCAAAAACGCACAGACGCAGUAGAGGAGCUCCUUGAAAAAACCCGCGACGAGGAUCCCUACGUCAUGCGUGGCAAAGGACUCCUCCACCAACUCCCAGACCUAGAACGCAGCAUAGCCCGCAUCCACUACGCCCGCAUCUCCCCCGCAGAGCUCUUUACGACCCUCCUCGCCUUCGAGAAAAUCACCACCUGCGUCCCCCGGGACGCAUACACGACGUUCAAGUCGGAGUUGUUGCAGAAUGUGUAUAGGAGCUUGCCGGUGUUGAGGAGGGAGGUGGAGCGGUUCAAAGGCGUGUUGGACGAGGAGGCCGCGAGGAGGGGGGAUAAGGUUGGGCUUUUUGUCGAUGAUGGCGGGGAUGGUGUGGACGAUGACGGGGAAGGAGACGACGCUGCAGAGGGGGAAGCGACACCACCACGAACGAAAUGGCCCGAAAUCACCCACCACCAACAAACCAUCACAAAGGUCGAAUCCGACCUCACAGAGCAUCUCCACACCCUCCGCAAAACGCUCAAAAAACCGACGUUGAACUAUACCACCGUCGCCGGGAUAGAAUACCUCGUCGAACUCCCCAUCUCCCAAACAUCCAAGGUCCCCCACGACUGGGUCAAGAUCUCCUCCACGAAAUCCCUCGCCCGUUUCCACACACCCGGCAUCAUCUCCCUCAUGCGUGCCCGCGAUCGCGCACGGGAGUCCCUGGUCGCCGCCUGCGAGAAGGCCUACCUAAGUUUCCUCGCGGAGGUUGCGGGGUGCUAUGAGGGGUUGCGGUCUGUGGUGGGCGGGUUGGCGGUGUUGGAUUGUCUUGGGGCGCUUGUGGUGGUGGCGGGGCAACCGGGGUAUGUAAGGCCGGUGUUUGGGGAAGGGGUCGAGGUUGUUGGGGGACGCCAUCCGAUGGUGGAGGGGCUUGUGGAGGGGUUUGUGGACAAUGAUGUUGUGUUGACGAAGGACAGCCGAUGUCUACUGAUCACAGGCCCGAACAUGGGCGGCAAGUCGUCGUAUGUGCGGCAGGUGGCGCUGAUUGCGAUCAUGGCGCAGAUCGGGUCGUAUGUGCCUGCAAAGUCAGCGCGGUUGGGGAUCUUUGAUGCUGUUUACACUAGAAUGGGCGCCUCAGACUCCCUCGCCACCGGCCAAUCCACCUUCAUGCGCGAGCUCCAAGAAACCUCCGACAUCCUCCGCACCGCCACGCCACGCUCCCUCGUCAUCCUCGACGAACUCGGCCGCGGCACCUCCACCCACGACGGCACGGCGAUUGCGUACGCGGUGCUGGCCCAUUUUCUGACGGUGGUGAACUGCGCGACGCUUUUCGUGACGCAUUACCCGGUGCUGGGGAAUAUGGCGGCGGAGUUUGGGGGGAUGAGGUGUUGUCAUAUGGGGUUCUGUGAGGUUGACCAGGGGGAGGGCCAACAACCCACCAUCGUCUUCCUCUACAAACUCACCGCCGGCCUCGCGCACCGCUCGUACGGCCUCAACGUCGCGCGGCUGGCAAACUUGCCGGCGCAGAUCGUCGCGCAGGCCGGUGAGAAAGCCAGGGAGCUUGAGCGGGUUGUUGAGGGAAGGAGAGCGAGGCGGAGCCGAGCGGGGGUGGGCGAGGGACGACGGUAUGAGCUUGUCAAGAAGGUGUUUGGGGGAACGGUGGAGGAGGCUUUGGAGGGGUUUAGGAGGGAUGUUGAUGGGAGCGGGGGGAGCGGAGAUGGGGUGGCCAGUACGUAGUCUUUUUGCGUUUUUGGCGAAGGUUGGAGUUGUUCUUGGCUGUGGCGCCUUUUUCGCAUAUGUACGGUACAUAGGUUGGUUGGACUUUGAGCGUGGGAGGGUUAGGAAGAGUAGCAGCAGUAGACACACAUCUGCGCAACUUCCCGACACCUGUAUUCUUGACAGCCAAGCAAAGCAGUGCCGUUUUGACAGAGGGUUUUUGCCCAGCGGAAUGAGCGACGCGUUCCCGCACUCAAACGUCAAUCGCGCGUAUUAUACGCUUCCAUGAAUGAACAACUCGAAGGGAAUACAUCAUAAUAAUAUGGAGC